AUGGGAGAAAAUGACUUAAUAGAUGAAGAGGAUGAGAAAGGCAUCGGUGUUCCAUUUUUUAGUUUGGAAAGCAUUCUAGCGGCAACGAACUUCUCAGAAGAAAAUAAGUUGGGACGUGGUGGUUUUGGCCUUGUUUAUAAGGGAAAAUUUCAGGGAGGACGAGAAAUUGCUAUAAAAAAGUUAUCAGCCCAGUCAAGUCAAGGAAUUAAUGAAUUCAAGAAUGAAGUAAUAUUAAUUGCAAGACUACAACAUCGAAAUCUCGUUAGACUUAUGGGUUACUGCGUCCAAGGAAAUGAAAAGAUCUUGCUCUAUGAAUAUAUGCCAAAUAAAAGCUUAGACACGCUCAUAUUUGAUGAAAGAACUCACGCGUUAAUAGAUUGGAAGAAGCGAUUUGAUAUCAUCUUGGGUAUUGCUCGAGGACUUCUUUAUUUGCACCAUGAUUCAAGGUUGAGAAUCAUUCACAGAGAUUUAAAAACAAGUAACAUAUUACUUGAUAAAGAGAUGACCCCCAAGAUAUCAGAUUUUGGCUUAGCAAGGAUUGUUCAAGGGAAUAUUACAGAAGCAAAUACAAAUAAAGUUGUUGGAACAUAUGGCUACAUGUCUCCAGAAUAUGCAUUAGAUGGAUUGUUCUCAAUCAAGUCAGAUGUUUUUAGUUUUGGUGUAAUUAUGCUUGAGAUCAUCUGUGGUAAGAGCAAUAAAGGAUUUUAUGAGCGGGAGGAAGCGUUAAACCUCCUAGGUUAUGCAUGGAGAUUGUGGAACGAUGGAAAUGUUAUGAACUUAGUUGACGAUUCCUUACUUGAAUCAUGCAAUGAAGAAGAUGCAUUGAAAUGUAUUAAUAUUGCACUCUUAUGUGUACAAGAAGAUGCCAAUAUUCGUCCAAGCAUGCCAGACGUAAUUAUAAUGCUUGGUAGUAAAAGCAUUUCCAUUUCUAAACCUAAUAAACCUGCUUUUACAGUAAGAACACGUGCUUAUAGCACAACAACUGUGUCCUCAAGUGAGUCAUACAUCAACUCCUAG